AUGACCAGCCUCCCUCCAUCGUUGUGCUCGCCUCAGGCCUUUUCGUAUCCUCAUAUACCAGGUGCAGAAGUGCUCUCACUGCAAGCUUCCCAAGUCUCAAAUGUAUCCAAAUACAUCCCCGAGUGGUACUACUACAAUCACGGCGGAGUGACAGCUAAAAAUCUCAACUUCUGCAAUGUCACAGUGACUUACAAGCACAUCGCCAAGAAGGAUACCAUCAACGUUGGCGUCCUUCUACCUAGUGACUCAUGGAACGAACGACUCCAAGGAAUCGGAGGAAACGGCUACACAGCUGGACUCACAUCCAUAACAGAAUUUGGGAUGCUCGCAGCAGUCGCCGAAGGCUAUGUCGCCAUUUCAACAGAUGGUGGCCAUACCACCGACGAUCCGGCAGACUGGGGCCUUCUGGAAAACGGAACACCAGACUACGACACCAUAUACAAUUUCGGAGUUGCUUCUCUCGGCGAUGCAGCAGUCAUUGGAAAGAGCUUGGCCGAAAGUGCAUAUGGAUCGAAGCCCAGAUACUCCUAUUGGACCGGAUGCUCGCAAGGCGGCCGACAGGGUCUGGCGCUCGCCCAGCAAUAUCCCGAAGCAUUUGAUGGCAUUGUUGCUUCUGCUCCAGCAAUUAAUUGGCCGCAACUUUCCAUUGGAGGAUACUGGCCUCAGUUUGUCAUGGACCAGCUCGAAGAAUACCCAUACCCUUGCGAGAUCAACGCUGUGACAGAUGCUGCACUCUCCGCUUGCGACAGCGCUGACGGUGUCGUGGAUGGUGUAAUCUCAGACCCGGAUGUAUGUGUCUUUGAUCCGUUCACUCUGGUGGGAGCCCAGAUCAACUGUAGCGACACUGGAUCGCAGUUGAGAAUUUCGUCUGCUACCGCGAAAAUUGUCAAUGCUACCUGGACGGGAGCGCGGGACUCACGAGGCAACUUCAUGUGGUAUGGAUUCAAUCCUGGGACUGCAUUGACAGGAGAAAAUAGACCGGUAAAUACGAACUGUGCGAAUGGGACAUGCACUGCGGUCUCCAGUCAGCUGUAUAAUCGAUGGGCUCAGGUAUUUGUCGAGCACGACUUGAACUUCACCCUGAGGAAUAUCACACAUCAAAAAUAUGACCACAUUUUUCGAAAGUCUGUCCAGAAAUGGAAUUCGGUAUUCGGAACAAAUAACCCAGAUCUGUCCAAAUUUCGUGACGCUGGUGGCAAGAUGCUCACAUAUCAUGGCUUGAUGGACGAGGUCAUUCCUCCUAACGGUACGAGGGUAUACUACGAAGCGGUGACUGCCGGUGACCCGAGUGUUCAUGAGUACUAUAAGUUGUUUGAAGCUCCAAUGAUGGGACACUGCUUUGGCACCAAAGGAGGUUAUCCCUCCACUAUGUUUGACAGCCUUGUCGCUUGGGUCGAGUCUGGCACUGCUCCUACAAGUCUUCCGGUGAAAUACUCUGCAGAAGAUGGGAAGGCAUAUGAUAGAAUGUUAUGCCCGUACCCACAACGAGCGAAGUACAAAGGUACUGGGGAUACAAUGUCUGCUGGUUCAUUUUAUUGUGCAUAA